AAGCAAAAGCGUGCAUAAUUAUUAUGCAAAUUUACCGUAAUUUCACCCCCUUUUUUGAUUGGGAUGCAAAUGACUCUGUUACCAACUUAACCACAACCAAAACUGACCUAAAGCCGUUGCCAGGCAACCGAAAACAAGAAGGCCAAAACAUCAACAAAAAACGUGGCCAAAACCCACCACCAACACCAAGGACAUCCCCAUCCAGCCGUACAUUAUCCUUGGGAAGCGGUCAGUUCUGUGCGUUAUUCAGUGAAACAAAGAAGUAAAGUGCGUGGCGUAGCGUGGCGUUGAGGGGCAAAGCAAAGCAAAGAAAAAUGUUGCACUGGCAAAGCAGAAAGCAAAUGAAUAAAUAAGUCAAAUGGAUGCAGGCGUAUCGCGAUAACUUCAAGCAAACGCCCUGCCCAUCGGCCGUCGACCAUCAGGCGCCGCCGUCGUCCUCGGCCCUGCCCCUGGCCCCACAUCCCCCGUCCUCGAACGCCUCCACGCGCCUGCCGUUCUCGCGCCACCAGCGUGGGCGUGACCGAGACCCGUCGGUGAGUGGUUCGGGCAUACUGACACCCAGAAUGAUGAGCCCCGGGCCACAGCCGCCAGCAGGCGGCCCAGAGGCCUCCACCGCGCUGCUGCGCCAGAACCAGGAGCUGCGCCAGCGGCUGGCAGACGAGUCGCACAGCUACCGACGGCGCUUGGACACCUACAAGCAGGCGCAGCACAAUCAGGCGAACCUCGUGAGUCGCCUGCAGUCGAAGAUCCAGCAGUACAGGCAGCGGUGCAGCGAUCUGGAGGAUCGCAUGCACGAGACCAUCAAGCCGACGCUGACAGCAGGACCCAAGCUGACGACAGGACCCACCACCAGUCAGGUUUUGUGCUCCACAUCCUUGACGCUGGGCGGACAGAGCAGUCUGCCAUGCAGCUCCUCUUUGGACUCGCCACCGCCCAGCUGCAGUCGCGACUAUGGCCACGAGGAUGGCACCAGCGAACUCUGCCGCAAGCUGGAGGAGGAGCAUCUACGCUGCGAGCAGAUACUGGCCCAGAACAAUGCACUGCGGCAGCAGCUGGAGGAGUCCAAUCGGACGAACGAGGCGCUGACGAAUGAUCUGCAGAAGCUGACGAAUGACUGGUCGGGCUUGAGGGAUGAGCUGCUGAUCAAGGAGGAUGAGUUCAAGGAGGAGGAGCAGGCCUUCAAGGACUACUACAACAGCGAGCACAAUCGCCUGCUGAAGAUGUGGCGCGAGGUGGUGGCCGUGAAGCGUUCCUUCAGGGAAAUGCAGGCGGCCAUGAAGCAGGAGGUGGCCAAGAUGGGCCAGGAGCUGGGCUGCGUGGGCAAGGACAUCAGCGGCUGCACGGCCUCGGUGGCCUUUGCGCAGCAGCAGGCCAAGCGGGCGGCCGACGAGGAGCUGAAGCAAUCGCAGCGCCAAGGGGACGAGCUGCAGCACCAGCUGGCCACGCUCAAGGUGCAGUACGAGAGUGCGCGCCACGAGAUCAUGGAGCGAGAUCAGCGGCUGCUCGAGCUGAUGAAUCAGCUGAAGAAGCUGGAGGAUCGCUGCGGCCAGGCCGAGUCCCAGGCCGCGCUGGCCAGCCGCUACAGCGACGAGAUCGAGCGGCUGAACAAUUCCAUGCGGGAGAUUGCGCAAGCCGUCGUUCAAGAUGCCGAGAAUGCGGAUCGAGAGGCAGACGCCGAGGUCAGCGGCGGGGCCAUGCAGCACAUGCAUCUGACGCGUGAUGCCGCCUCCACGUCCGGCGGUGCUGGUGCUGGUGCUGGUGCUGCUGCUUCUGGUGGUGCUGGCAAAUCUCCGCGUCGCAAUUCGACACGCGCCUCCCAGGCCUUCGCCGAGGGCACCAUCUCCGCCGUCCAGGCUGCCCUGCACAAGUACCAGCUGGCCCUGCACGACAUCCAGGUGAAGUUCCAGCACACCAGCGAGACGCUGCGCUCCACCAAGACCCAGCUGGACACCAGCGAGGGCACCAAGCAGCUGCUCACCACCAAGAUGCAGCAGCUCACCGAAAAGCUCGACUCCAGCAACUCCAAGCUCUCCGAGCUGCUGCAGGAGCGCGAGAGCCUGCAGAAGAGCCUCGACGAGGUGCGCACCCAGAAACAGCAAUCGGAGCUGGGACGAGCCGAUCUCAAUAAUGCGUUUGACAGUCUUAGCGGGGAGUACGAGAAGCUGCAGCUGAACUAUGGAAAGCUACAGAAGCGCCUCGACUCGAUGGAUGAGGACAAGAAGGCCGUGGAGCUGGAGAUACAGCGCAUACUAAAGGACAAGAAUAUCACCGAACUGAAUCUAAGAUCCGAGGAGGAUCGCAGCAGUCGCUUGAGGGAGGAGACCAUUUCGCUGCGCGAGGAACUGAAUCGCGUGAGUCUCAAUCGGGAUCUUUUGGAGCAGCAGCGAAUCGAGUCGGAUAAUCUGAUUUGUUUGCUGGAGAAACAGAAGUCGGAUCUGGAGUAUGAUCUGGACAAGUUGCUGCUGGAGAAGUGCGACCUGCAGGAGAAGCACGAGAAGCUGUCCAGCAACAGCUGCUCCACCAGCGACGAGCUGAAGUCCGUGCAGAACUGCCUGCUGGAGGCCCAGGAGGAGCGCAAGAAGCUGCGCCUGCAGUCCGGCGAUCAGUCGAACGAGAUCGGGGAACUCAAGAAGGAGUUGGCCGUGCUGGACAAGGCGCGGCUGGAGCUGGAGACGGACAAUCUCUCCUACAGCGAGAAGCUCAAGUGUCUGCAGCUGGAGAAGGAGAAGAUCCUGCAGGAUUUGGCCUGCGUCACAAGGGAUCGUGGGGACAUUCACAACCAGCUGACGGCCAUGUGCCGCAAGAAGGAGGCCCUCAACGAGGAGCUGAUGCGCACUCGGCAGCGCCUCGAGCAGACAACGGAGACGAACAGUCGCCUCAAUCGCAACCUCGAGGAGAUGGUCAAGGAUGUGGAGGAGAAGCAGGUGGUGAUUGAUCUGCACGAGAAGGACACGCAUCGCCUGAACGAACUGCUGGCCGCAAUUCGCUCCGAGAAGGAGUCCCUCGAGUCGGUGCUCUUCGACACGAACACCUCGCUGGAGGCCACCGAGGAGAAGCGCAGCCAGCUGGAGCGUGAUCUGCAGGAGGCCCUGGUCCGCGAGGAGUCGCUGAAGAACCAUGUGGCCCGCCUGCAGAAGGACCUGGAGAUGUGCCAGCGCAAGGCCCAGGAGACCAAGACGCAGCUGCUCAAUGCUGCCCGCGCUGCCGAGAGCGAUUUCAACCAGAAGAUCGCCAAUCUCCAGGCAGCCGGCGAAGAUGCCUCCAAGCGGCAUGGCGACGAGGUGCUGCAGCUGCGCAAUGCACUCGAAAAGCGCAUGCAACAGGCUCUGCAGGCCCUACAGACCGCCAAGGAUGAUGAGAUCGAGAAGCUGCAGGAGCGCCUGGCCACGCUCCAGGCCCACAUCGAGAGCCUCGUCCAGCAGCACGAGGAGGCCCUGAUCCGUGCCGAGAGCGAGAAGCAGCAGGCCCUGCUCAUUGCCCAUCGCGACAAGCAGGCGGUGGCCGAGCGCCUAGAGUGCGUCUCGCGGGAUCUGAAGAACGAACAGGAGUCCCUGGAUCGCAGCAAACGCGAGGCCAAUGCCCGCGACGAGAAGCAACGGGCGGCCAUUGCCCAACUCAAGGACGAAAUGGUGCACAUGCGCACCAGGGAUGAGGAGCACAAAAUCAAACUGGAAGAAUGCAUUCGCAAGCAGGAGCUGCAGUUGUGCAGCAUUCGGGAGGAGCGGGAUACCCACUGUCGCAUGAGCGAGGAGCUGAAGAUGGAGAUCCGGCUGAAGGAGGACAAGAUGGAGGGCACCAACAACGAGCUGCAGGAUGCACUGCGCAAGACCAAAGAAGCUGAGGGCUUCAUUGACAGCAUGCGAAAGGAACUGACGGACAGUCGCCGGCAACUGGCGGACAGCAACAUUGAGCGGGACAAGUACUCCAACAGCAACAAGGAGCUGCGCGAUCAUGUGAAGCGUGUGGAGAGCGCCAAGCGGGAGCAGGCACGCGCCAUUGAGGAGGCUCUGCAGAAGAUCAGCAGUCUGGAGGAUUCCAAGAACUCGUUGGAGAACGAGCGCACUCGCUUGAGCACCAUCCUGAAGGAGACGGAGAAUCACUUCACCAAGACCACGCAGGAGCUGAAUGCCACGAAGGCGUCGCUGCAGAAGGCCCAGGUGGAGUUUGCCCAGAAGGACGAGGGUGGCAAGGAGCUGCAGUCCAAGCUGGUGGCCGAGGUGGAGCUGAAGGAGCGCGCCCAGCAGGAGCUGUGCCAGAUCAAGAAGCAGCUCUCCGACCUGGAGGCGAACCUGUGUGCCACGCGCCAGGAGCUGGGACGUGCCCGGUGCCACAACAACCAGGAGGAGCAUCGCUUCCAUGCGCGCGAACAGGAGUUGGCGCAGCGCAUGGAGGAGGCCCGUGGCCGCGAGAAGCGUCUCGAGGAUCAGAAGCACAAUCUGGAGGUGUGUCUGGCCGAUGCCACGCAGCAGAUCCAGGAGCUGAAGGCUCGCCUGGGCGGUGCCGAGGGUCGUAUUCGGGCUCUGGACGAGCAGCUGUCCUGCGUGGAGCUGCACAAGCGGGACACCGAGCAGAAGCUCUCAUCCGUGGUGCACACUCUGCGGCGUAUUGCCGGCAUCCAAGUGGAUGGCAGCGUGAAUCUGUCGCAUCGUCUGCUCAGUCCCUCGAGGCGCUUCAGUCCGUCGCGCAGUGUGGGCGACUACGAUGCCAGGAGCUCCUCCCAGUGCCCGGAUGCACCGAUCGAUGUGGAUCCGGAUCUGGUGCGCAAGGGUGUGCGGAAUCUCAUGCAUCAGGUGGCCCAGCUGGAGCGGGAGAAGGAUGACUACAAGUCGCAGCUGGGCGCUGCCAAGAAGCAGCUCCAGGAUGCGGCCGACCAGCAGCUACGCUGCGACGCGAAGCUCAGUAAGCUGCAGGCCAUGCUCCGGAAUCUGCAGGAGGAGAAGAGCAACCUGGAGACGGAGCGCAAGAUGAAGGUCUCCGCCAUCCACGCCCUGGAGGAGAAGCUCAAGCAGCGCAGCGACGAGUGCCAGAUGCUGCGCGAGCGCUUGGCCCAAACGGAGAUGCAGCUGGCGGCCACAGCCGAGGAGAAUGGCCAGAACGAGGAGCGGCUGGACAAGUGCCGCCAGCAGUGCGCCAAGCUGGACAACGAGAAGCGCCAGCUGCAGGAGGAACUGGCCAAGGUGGAGGGACGCGCCAGCAAGCUGGAUCUGCAGCGCGUGGCCAUGGAGGGGGAUCUGACGCGACUCCAAAUGGCCCUGCAGGAGAAGGACUGCAGCAUUCGGCAGGUGAGCGAGCGACUGGAGAACCAGAAUCGUGCUCUCACCCAGCUGGAGGAUCGCUGCACCUCCCUCAAGUCCACCGUCGAUCAGCUGAAGGAGCGCCUCCAGAAGUCCGCCGUCAGCGAGACCCAACUCCGGGGCGAGAUCAAGACGCUGCAGAAGGAACUCUCCGAGCAGGGACACUGCUCGCAGGCCAACGAGGACAAGCUGAAGCUGCUCCAGAAAUCGCUGCAGACCGCCGAGAACGAGAAGCGCAUCCUCACCGAACGCCUGGACAGCUCCCAGACGAAUCUCAACGAGCUGCGACGCAGCCAGCAGGCGCAGCUGGACGGCAACCAGCGGCUGCAGGAUCAGGUCACCGAUCUGGAGGUGCAGCGAUCGGCGCUCGAGUCGCAGCUGCGCAUUGCCAAGUGGAAUCAGGAGAGCGGCGGCGACAAGGCGCUCGGCAAUGGCAACGGCAACGGCGCUGGCGGCGAGGAAGAGCUCAGCAGGCAGCUGAAAUCAUCGCAGCGUGAAAAGUCCGAGCUUCGCAGCAAACUGCAGACACUUCAGGACAAAGUCAAGCAAUUGGAGUGCGAACGGAAGAGCAAAUUCUCUGGCGGCAGUGCCUACGAUCGUGCAGAGAAAUCGAAUGCCUACUAUGGUGGUGGUGCGGCUGCCGAUUCCGGGGAAUUCGAUUCGAACCGCUACGAUGCGGGAGGCAACGGCAACGCUGGCGGCGCCUACAGUUGUGGCCUGGAUCACAGUGUCAUCGAGCAGGAGACGCGCGAUCUGCGUCUCAAGGUGCGGCGCCUGGAGACACUGCUGGCCGAGAAGGAGUCCGAGUUGGCACGUGUGAAGGCGCGCAUGAACGACAGCGCCAAGUGUCUGGACGGCAUGGACACGGAACGCUAUCGCAGCGCCCAAAUGCACGCCGAGAAGGUGCUGGAUGUGCGCGAGCAAUCGCACAGGCAGCAAGUGCUGCGACUGGAGAAUCAGAUCUCCAUGCUGCGCGAGCAGCUGGCACAGGAGGCCAAGCGGCGGCAGCAGUAUGUGCUGCGCAGCUCAAAGGCGAACCGCGAGAUGCAGCAUCUGCGCACAACACUUGGUGACUCGCUGCGGAAUGUCUCUCAACAUCCUGUGGAUGCACAUUUGCUGGAAAGCGAGAGCCGACGCCUCGAUUCAGCUGUUUCGAUGAGUCUGCCGCCAUCGAGCUGUCGGGAUUACGAUCGCGAUUAGGAGAGCAGUUCCAACUUCAGGGUUAAACUUGAUCCCGCCAAGGGUGGUCCACUGUAAUGCCCCACUGCCAUUUGCAUUUGCAAUUGCAUUUAUUUUAGAGACGCUUCCUAGGAGAGCAGCAAACCGACAGUGUUGAACAAUCUCAUAAAACCGCAUUUAGUACAAUUCCAGCUAUUGAUUUGUCUGCCCCGAUAGACAAUCGAAUAUAGUGCGUUCCACUAACAACCAAAUAGCAUUUUGGGCCCAAUCCAACUCGUAUCUCUUUAUGCAUUCCACUGGGUCACAUGUUCCGAUUCUCCCAGGAGCCAGGGAGAACACCGAACCGAUACAAUAUCUCACGAUAAUUUACAUCAUUCGCGCAUCAUUCUAUCAAACACCGAAACUAGUCAGCACCUAAUACAAGGCAAA